AUGACUCCCGAAGAAACACAAGGGUUCCUCAAAGGCCUUGUUGCUCCCCUGCGCAACAAAAUCCCCACCCCUCUCUUACACCGUCCAAGUGAAGCAGGUCUUGAAUACGAAGAUGUAUUCUUUCCUUCCGAAGACGGCACUCCUCUUGAAGCAUGGUACAUCCCAAAGCCAGGCUCCAACAAGUUGAUCAUCGCCAAUCAUCCCCUUCGCUGCACCCGAUCAGGUUACCCCGCUCAUCUCGAGCCAUGGAAGGCUUUCCUCGGUGGUUCUGCCACAGGAAAUGACUUUGAGCUCAACUUUAUUCCUGAUCUCAAGAUCUUACAUGAUGCUGGGUACAAUGUCCUCACCUAUGAUAUGAGAAACUCUGGAAAUAGUGGACAAGCGAAUGGUGGUAUCACUGGCACUGGUCGUUUUGAAUCAAGAGAUGUUGUCGGUUCGUUGAACUAUGUUCGCAGUCGAGAAGACACCAAGAACAUGACCAUCGGCCUUUUCAGUCGUUGUCUAGGCGGUAUCGCUACAUUCUUCGCCAUGGACCGUCGACCAGAAGUCUUCGAAGAUGUACGCUGUCUUCUCGUCCCCGAGCCCCUCUCGUACCGACCAUUCGUUGAGAAAGCUCUUGCCAUGUUCGGGCUCGACGAUCGGUUUGAUGAGGUGAACGAGAUGAUCAAGAUGGAAACGAGCUUCACUGUUGAUGAAUUGUCGCCUAUUCCGAUCAUGAAGAAUGUUCGUGUUCCGACGUUUAUUUAUUCAGUACGCGAAGAUAUUUUGACGAAGGAGAGUGACGUACAGGCUAUGUAUGAUUCACUGACUGUAGAAGACAAGAAACUGCAUUGGGUAGACGGAACGGUGAGGAUAAAGGGAUAUACGUACUUUCAGGAGAAUCCGGAGGUGUUUGUAGAUUGGUUAGCUCGUCAUAUGGGGUAG